UUCGCAUCGAGAUUUAUCACCCGAGGAGACGCACUGCAAUGGGCUAUCGGCGGGGGAGAAUCUGGAAGGCGGGGGAGAAUCUGGAAAUCGGUGAAUUGAGCCGAAUCUGGAAGUCCGUGGAUUGAACUGAAACAACUCUGGGUUUCUUGUAUUUAUUUUUAAAGAGAUUUUGCUUUAAUUGUCAUGAUGGCCGACUUGCUGUCCGUGGUGUCGGAGGCGGAGAGGAAGUCCUUUCCAACCCUCUCUCAGCUCUCAGAAAACGACGUUGACAGCAUUUGGUCGAACGUGUCAUCUUUCGUGGAGCGACAGAUGACCUUGCAAAAGGGGGUCUACAUUGCAGGCCUGGGAUCCUUCACCUUCUCUCAGCAGAAGCUGGACGUAGGCAACAAGUUUGUUUUGAUCCAGCGCCCCAUCUUCCUGCUCUCUGAGAAGCUGUCCCAGUCACACGGCCUCAAGCAGGUCAAACCGCUGUCUGCAGCAGGGGACGUGCCACUGGUCCAGCCAACUUCACAGCCCUGUCUGUGGAGAGCCCGUUUGAGCGUCACGUGGUGGAGGGCUGUGUGAGAGAGACUCUGCUGGUGUUG